CUCCGGGGCCGCUCUUAAACCCGCGCAGCCCUGGCCGCCGCUUCGCUCGUCCGCUCCGUGCGCUCUGGCUGCGCGUUAGUCCGUGCCGUCCUCUCCGCCCGCUUCCGCGUCCGCAUCCGCGCAGCCCGCUCGCCGCUGCCGCCGCCCCGGGCCCGGGUCCGGCCCAGCGCUCUCCGGGGUCUCCGCGUCUCGCGAGAAGUCGCCGCCGCAGGCCUUGGGCUCCCGGGCGCAGGGGCGAAUGGGGGGCGGCGGAGCGAGGCCCGGCCGGCUGCUGCUGGUGCUCGCCCUGCUCUCCUGGGUGGCAGGCCUGGGCGUGGCGGAGGAGACGCCCUCGCGCAUCCCUGCAGAUAAAUUAUUAGUCAUAACUGUAGCAACAAAAGAAAAUGAUGGAUUCCACCGAUUUAUAAAUUCAGCCAAGUAUUUCAAUUAUACUGUAAAGGUUCUUGGUCAAGGGCAAGAGUGGAGAGGUGGAGAUGGGAUGAAUAGUAUUGGAGGGGGCCAGAAGGUGAGGCUAAUGAAAGAAGCCGUGGCCCAGUAUGCCAGUCAAGAGGAUCUGGUGAUCUUGUUUACUGAAUGUUUUGAUGUUGUAUUUGCUGGUGGGCCUGAAGAACUACUAAGAAAGUUCCAAAAGAUGAAUCACAAAAUCGUCUUUGCAGCCGACGGGAUUCUAUGGCCAGAUAAGCGGCUGGCAGACAAGUACCCUGUAGUGCACAUUGGGAAACGCUACCUGAAUUCAGGAGGCUUCAUAGGCUAUGCUCCAUACGUCAACCGUCUGGUCCAGCAGUGGAAUCUGCAAGAUAAUGAUGAUGAUCAGCUCUUUUACACUAAAAUUUACAUCGAUCCAGUGAAGAGGGAAGCUUUUAACAUCACAUUGGAUCACAAGUGCAAAAUUUUCCAGGCCUUGAAUGGAGCUACAGAUGAAGUGGUUUUAAAAUUUGAAAAUGCUAAAAGCAGAGUGAAGAAUACGUUUUAUGAAACACUGCCAGUGGUAAUUAACGGAAACGGACCCACCAAAAUUCUCCUGAAUUACUUUGGAAACUAUGUUCCCAAUUCAUGGACACAGGAAAAAGGCUGCACUCUAUGUGACUUUGACACAAUUGACUUGUCUACAGUAGAUAUCCAUCCAAAAGUAACAAUAGGUGUUUUUAUUGAACAACCAACCCCUUUUCUACCUCGAUUCCUGGACUUACUGUUAACACUGGAUUAUCCCAAAGAAGCAUUGAAACUCUUUAUUCAUAAUAAAGAAGUUUAUCAUGAAAAGGACAUCAAAGUAUUUUUUGAUAAAGCUAAGCAUGAAAUCAGUACUAUAAAAAUAGUGGGACCAGAAGAAAAUCUAAGUCAAGCGGAAGCCAGGAACAUGGGAAUGGAUUUCUGCCGUCAGGAUGAAAAGUGUGAUUACUACUUUAGUGUGGAUUCUGAUGUUGUUUUGACAAACCCGAGAACUUUGAAACUUUUGAUUGAACAAAACAGGAAGAUCAUUGCUCCUCUUGUGACACGUCAUGGAAAGUUGUGGUCCAACUUCUGGGGAGCACUGAGCCCUGAUGGGUACUACGCUCGCUCUGAAGAUUAUGUGGAUAUCGUUCAGGGGAACAGAGUAGGAAUUUGGAAUGUCCCAUACAUGGCUAAUGUGUACUUAAUUCAAGGAAAGACACUCCGAUCAGAGAUGAGUGAAAGGAACUAUUUUGUACGUGAUAAAUUGGAUCCUGAUAUGGCUCUUUGCCGAAAUGCUAGAGAAAUGACCUUACAAAGGGAAAAAGACUCCCCUACUCCGGAAACAUUCCAAAUGCUCAGCCCCCCAAAGGGCAUGUUUAUGUACAUUUCCAACAGACAUGAAUUUGGACGGCUAUUGUCAACUGCAAAUUACAAUACCUCCCAUUUCAACAAUGACCUCUGGCAGAUUUUUGAAAACCCUGUGGACUGGAAGGAAAAAUAUAUAAAUCGUGAUUAUCCAAAGAUUUUCACUGAAAAUAUAGUUGAGCAGCCUUGUCCAGAUGUCUUUUGGUUUCCCAUAUUUUCUGAAAGAGCCUGUGAUGAAUUGGUCGAAGAAAUGGAGCAUUAUGGCAAGUGGUCUGGGGGAAAGCAUCACGAUAGCCGUAUAUCUGGUGGUUAUGAAAAUGUCCCAACUGAUGAUAUUCAUAUGAAGCAAAUUGAUCUGGAGAAUGUUUGGCUUCACUUUAUCCGCGAGUUCAUUGCUCCAGUUACGCUGAAGGUCUUUGCAGGCUAUUACACAAAGGGAUUUGCACUGCUGAAUUUUGUGGUAAAGUACUCACCUGAAAGACAGCGUUCACUCCGUCCCCAUCAUGAUGCCUCAACAUUUACCAUCAACAUUGCUCUCAAUAAUGUAGGAGAGGAUUUUCAGGGAGGUGGAUGCAAAUUUCUAAGGUAUAAUUGCUCCAUUGAAUCCCCACGGAAAGGCUGGAGCUUUAUGCAUCCUGGGAGACUUACACAUUUGCAUGAAGGACUUCCUGUUAAAAAUGGAACAAGAUACAUUGCAGUGUCAUUUAUAGAUCCCUGAGUUAUUUACUCUACUCAGACUCAAUUGUUCUUUGAGAUGACUGGCACGAACAUGUCUUUGAAGUUGUGCUUGAGAAGAUGAGAGGAAUAUUUAAAUAAUGUCAACAGAACAAUUUCACUUUGGGCCAAACAUUUGAAAACUUUUUAUAUGAAAUUGUUUGAUAUCUGCUCUGAGCCUUAAAACACAGGUUGAAGAAGAAAGGAAAAAAAAGUGAAAGUCGGUAUUUAUUUCUAUGCUUUAACUGUCUCUGGAGGUAAUGACAAGUUAUAAAAUGUUUAGGUACAAAGGCAUGAAUGAUAAUAAGCCUAGUAAUAUUUUCUUAUUUAAGAAAAACCUGAGAUUUUAUUUAUCAUUGUGAAGAAGUAUAGAAUGUCGAUAUAAAUGAAAAUCAGCAAGUCUGGAAACCUGGAUUACUGAAUUUACAUGUAGUUAUUAAGCCAUGUCGACCUCUGUGUAGGUCUGUUUCUCAGUAAUUAGGAAGAAAAUCCAAAGAAAAGAUUGCACAGAGGUUUUCCUCAAGAAACCUAGUGCAGACCGCCAAUGGGAGCAUAUCCAUUGGAAGUAUACGUAGCACGUGAGGCGGUUCUUGCUUUCGAUUGGAUAGUGGACCCCUGCGUUCCUCCAGGGCAAGCUCUCAGGGGAAGCUCACAUCUUUCUGCUUUGCAAAGUGCUUAACUCCAAGUGUCCUUAUGUCAAGCAGGAAGUUUGUUUCCUUCUAUUCUUUCUCCCCUGCUAAUUCUAGAAACUAGUGAGGCUACAACAGUUUCAUUGAGAUUAGUAGUACAUUUUACAGUGUUUUAAAAAACUUCUUAACUACUUGAAUUUUAUAUCAGGAAAAUGGGUUUUGAGCCUUGUUUCUCCGCUUUUACUCCGAGUUGUUCUCUUUUUUCCCCCUGGGGGUUCCUUUCUUUACUUCACCAUAAUUUUAUCAUUCCUUAGUCAUUUUUAUUGCUUUUCCUCUACCCCACAUGUAAAAAAUCUCCACAGCCCAAAUUUUUAUUUCAUUUUUCAAUAUUCUGAAAGAGGUUUAAAUAUCUUUAUUAUAGCUACUGUUUUUAAUUUAAAGAUUAAACUUGAAGAAAGUUCUUAUUCCCGGUGCCAAAAUUCAUUUUUCUAACUCUCUGUUAGAAAAUGAUGAAAAAAUAAAAUAAUUUAAAAUAAA